AUGAGCGAGACGCAGACUGAACAGCCCGUGGAUCCAGUGGACAUACGAUGGAAGAUGGCCGUCGCCUGUGACGUGUGUAGGAGGCGAAAGGUACGGUGUGAUGGUGAAAGACCUUGUUCGAGGUGUAAGAAGGGUAACAGGGAGUGUACAUUCUCGAUGCCUCGACAUAUAGCUCGUAAGACGCAGGAUCCUGGAAGCAGGUCCACACCCUCACCCACCGAAGAUGUCCCUCCUCCGAAACGACCAUCUCUACAAGCCUCAUCGUCCAGGAGGGCAUCACAAAGCUCACAGAUCGUCUACUCUGGUCCUUCAUCCGGCAUGCCUUUAUUUGCUCGUCUAGGUCUACUACGCACAGUCGAAAUUUCGGAGAGUGAGCAAGAUGGGAAUGAAUUCAGUUCCCACUCAUCAUGGGCGAUUGGGAUCACCAGUGCGGUCUCGGCAAGCAGGGAUUACUUUGAUAUGUGUUUGCAGAGGUGUCCGCAGGAGUUGAUGAACAGUUUGAUUGGUCAUCAUCUGAGUACUCCUGUAUUCUUCCCACUACUCCACGCUCCAUCCUUCUUAUCAGAAUUCAUCGCUGUGACCGAACGUCGCUUAAAAUGCACCCCGCAAUACGGAGCAAUGCUCAUGAGCAUAUUAGCGGUCACCGCUCGACUGGUAGAAGGUGGAAGAGGGCUAGUUCCUGCAGCGGAUCGGGCUGGAGAAGCGUAUUACGAAUUUGCACAGGAUCUGCUCAGAGUUAGCAAGAAUAAACUGGACAUACGGCAUAUUCUGGCUUUAUAUCACUUGACAUUGUUCGCAGAAGGAAGGAAUGCGUCAACGGGCGUGGCCUCGAGCUUUGUCGCAGAGGCUAUAGGACUAGCCUAUGCCACUGGGCUACACCGAAGUACAGACGAUUUCAGGAUGGACCCGGUGACGAUGCAAAUCAGGACGAGACUUUUUUGGGCAUUGUACUCGUUAGACAUCGCCUUGGCGUAUUCUCAAGGGAGACCAGCGUUGAUCAGAUUAUCAGAAUGCAGUAUAGAACUUCCAGCUGUGGUGGACAACGGUAUGAUCACAAAAACGGAGAUACUACCUCAGCCUGAAGAUAACCCGCCAGUGAUCAUGGCAGCGGCGGUCAAAAUGGUUGAGAUAUAUAUUGUACUGUCCGGCAUAAAUGCCCCGUUCACCACUAUAUCUCAGCGGUUCAAUCUUGGAGAUCCCCCUCGUAGAAGAAGUGAGAAGCUGGCUAGAGCUCAGAUAUGUCUAGACGAGAUCGAGCAGAGCCUUCCUCCCUACCUCGUUCGAUCCUCUCUACCCUCAGACACCUCUCUCAACUUGAUCUUCCUCCAAUCAUCUCGACUCGGGUCGACACUCCUCUUCAUUCGUACACUCAUCGCUCGACAAUCUCUCAUUGACGAUUUUGAACGCAGUCCUGGCCCAUUGGCCAAUCCUAGCGAGAGCACAUUAGUAGCAUGUCACCUAUCCGUCGAUAUCGUCAAGACAUAUUCCCGCUUAAGACAUUUCGGCUUCCUGCAGUACUGCAACUUUACAGCAGUAUCUCAUCUCACCGCUGCGAGCCAUACACUAAUCGCAUGUAUGCUGCGAAGUCCGAAUUUGGCGUUUGAACACCGCCCAGAUCUGUUAUCAGCGAUCGACAUGCUCAUACUCUUCUCAUCGAGAUUCCCAUGUGCCAGAACCGUCGCUCAGCUUUUGGUACAGCUAUCCAGAACCCUUGAUCUCAGCUCUGGCGAUACAAGCGGUACGUCAAGUGAAGCGUUGGCGACCAGGGUACUCGCUAGGAAGAUGGCCGUGUCUCCAGGUGACGUACAAGCGAUGGCAAAGGACAGGGAGCUCCCGCCAUCUCCUUUGCGCAUCCAAACUACUCCAGAACAGUACGACUACGACUGGCUGGUCAGAGCGGCGACUGGCGGUACCCCUGCUGCAUCGUUCAACAUCGAUCGAUCAUUACCGCCACUUUCAGAAGCCGUGGGCGAAGUCAACGGGUUCAAGCAGGGUACACCGAGAAACCUACCCAAUGUGGAGCUUCCAUGGGAUGGGCAGUUAGCAGAGGAACUUCCGCCUGAUUGGGGGGACAACUUUUCGUUUUUGAACGAUGGGCUGUUUGGAUCUCUGUAA